UUAUACCUAUUUUCUAAUAAUAAUAGCAGCCUAGCCUGAAAAAUCACUGAAAAUUCAUUAACUAAAAAUACUUAAAUUCUUUAUAAACAAACACAAAAUGCCCUCUGUAUUCUUGCAACUGGAAACAAACGAUGGCAAACUCCAUAUCGUGGAACGUGCCUUGGUGAAACAAAUGGGCAUCAUCCGCGAAAUGCUGAAACUGGAGUGUGGGGAUACCACCGAAGUGAUACCUCUGCCCAGGGUGGAUUCGGAGACACUGAAACUCCUCCUCAAGUGGUGCGAAUCUAUGAAAUCUUGGACGGAUGAUGCCGAAGUAUCCGUACGCAUAAAUAUACUGAAGAGAUUAAUCCAACGUUCUGGCGGGGAUGACGAGGUCCUGUUUCAGCUGAUCACUGCGGCCAACUAUCUGCAGAUGGACAGUCUCCUGGAUGCCGGCACUCAGCUGCUGGCCAAUAUAAUCCAAAGCUAUGACAGUGCCGAGGAGCUGAGGCUACGUUUUAGUAUUGCAAAUGAAGAGGAAUAACACAAAGUAAAUCUAUGAAAAAUAAUCCAAGAAAUGUGAUUGUAAGGAAAUUUCACAAGUCUAAAAGGUCUUUGGAAUCGCUUUCUUAAGCCAUCUGUAAAAAUUUGUCUAGAAAUGAUAGUGCUUUUUGUAAGUGUAGUGAAUAAAUUGGGAAUUAAAUAAUAUAAAAAAAA